AUGAAGAUAAAGAAAACCCCAAAGAAGUUGGUGGCACCCGCUCCAUCCGUUAAAAAAAUUAUUCAGAAACUUACAGACUGUCAAGAAGAUGAACUACCAUCAGUAGUUGCUUCGGUUCCGGAGUGGACCUUCCCGAGGGGAGAUCUUUUUCAUUGGAUCGGCGUACUGAAUCGCUUUGAUACAAUUCUCGAGGAUAUUUGUAAUAAAUAUAAUCUAAAGAAAAUACAAACGACAGAAUUUACCCCACCCACGAAGAAUAUACUUUUGGCUAUUUUAAAGUUCUCACGACUCUUAUGGGAAAAUUGCACAAACAGAAAUUUAUACAGUUCAUAUGAACAUCUUAAUGAUCUUUUAAAUACCAUGGAUCUCGACGUUCUAGAAAGUCUUCUCCGUUUAGUGUUACGCCCAGCACAAAGACUAAGUAAUCAACGGGCCCUUCGUACAAGCUUUACGAUCUCUCAAGAUCGCAUCUUAUCCCUCACCCAUAGCUGGGGCACUAAAGAAUAUGACCUUGAUUUGAAGGAUCUUACUUAUGACAACAUAGCUAUUCCGGAGGAGUUGACUACUCUCACUUAUCAAUUCUACCGCCAUUUAACGCCAACUGAGGCUGCUGGAACAGCUGUCGAUAAAAAACACGAUACUGCAAUACCUUCUCCCGUUAAGCAAAAGAGAAAGGAUAGUGCAUCUAGUGGAGGAGCUACCAAAGUCAGCGAAGGUGUUACGUUGAUUACUAUAAAUAAUCUUAAUGAGUUGGGCGCAACAGAUAUAGACAUUUUGGAGCAUGUAAUUGAAGAACAUUCUGUACCUGAAGAAUUUCAUUAUGAUCUAUUGAAUCGGAUUCGGAUUGCAACUAAGAUUACGGACGCUGAGAAGAGGCGCCAGAUGUUAACGAUAAGAAUUCUUGCAAUCGCUGUUAUGGCUCACGUGACACAAGAACCUGUCGCUUACGCCAAGGUUUUCCUAUACGAACCUGAUCUUGUGGCGAGCCUAGCCGACCUAAUACAUCCCGAACGACAUGUACCCUUGGAAAUUCAAACCGUGGCCUUAUACGCUCUGGAAGGAAUCAGUCGCUAUCGUCCUAGACUGGGUGAAGUUCUAUCUGCAAUCAAUGCACAAGUUAAUCACGGCAUUCUACUGUAUGUCCUUCGCAGAGUGAUUGCGGACUUGGAAAAUGAGCAUUCAACUUACUCGCAAGAGUACUUGGAUGCACUAUUCGCCUUGAUAUCGCACAUUAUUUCAACACAGACAGGAGGAACUAUGGUUAUAGCAGCUGGAAUUGUGCCAACGCUGUUACAAUUAUUGCUAAAUAAGAAUCCUUCUCAGACAAAAAACGUCACCAAGGCUGUUAUUCUGCUGGAUAGCCUAGUCUAUGGCUUUAACCCAUCAUUCACCAAUUUUUGCAAUGCCAGCGGAGUAAACAUACUUGUAAACAGAAUCAAGGAUGAAACCAAUAAUAGUUUAAGUUUAGCACGAGUCGCUCAUGGCGACCAAAUGGAAGAUGUCAAGAUAUCAAAUGUUUCCUCGUCGACAUCCAUUUCUGCAAAAGACGAAGACUUUGUGCUGCCCUAUGACUUAUCAUCAUUGCUUAAAUCAAUGCUCAAAUUUGUAUUGCAUAUGAUGCAGACAUCAGGCACUGCUGACGGCUUGCGCAAUCUUAUUGAAACAUCUCUGCCAGAAUCGAUCAACGGCAUACUUGGUCAGCCGAAUGUGUUUGGUAGUAGUAUUUAUGCUCUAGCUAUUCAACUUAUGGCAACCUUCAUACACAAUGAACCGACAUCAUUGCCGAUAAUACAAGAAGCCAAAUUACCACAAACGUUUUUAAAGUCAAUAUGUAAUGAUAUACCCGUGUCUGUCGAUGUUAUCCAACACAUCCCAAAUGCGUUUGGAGCCAUUUGUCUCAACAAUCAAGGGCUCGAAAUCUUCAAAGAAGCCAAUCCAAUCGACAAGUUUUUCUCAAUUUUCACAUCAACUGAACAUCUGCGUGCUCUGCAAGAUAAUGACCUUGCAAGCGUCCUAGGACCGUCAAUUGACGAAUUAAUGCGACAUCACCCGAGUCUAAAACCCUCAAUCAUGAAUUCCAUACAAACAAUGCUACAUCGAAUACUUGAACUUGGUCAAGCUGAUCCCUCGACUAUCAAUGAUGACACUAAUAGGCUUCACGUAGGGACCGAAGAUGAAAAACACGAUUAUGAAGUUCAGAUGGCUACUGAAUCUAUGGAUGUUGCUAUGACUGAAGCAGAUCCACCGAAAGUCGAGGAUAAACGGGAAAAUACUAUUGUAUCGUUUAUCGAAGUUGCAGCUAAGUUUUUGGAAGGAUUGUUCCAAAAUUCGUCCCAUUCCAAAGAAUUCAUCGAUCAGGAUGGCCUUGGUAUUAUCUUGAACUUUUACUCGCUGCCUACUCUCCCUUAUAAUUUUUCUAUGAGCGCCCCCAGCGAUUCACCAGUUGGUCAGGCAUCAGAAUCACUUAAACAAUUAAUGCGUACGAUCGCUGAAAAUGAACCAAAGCGAGUCAUAAGGAAUAUAUUGACUGCUCUCAAUUCAGCCCUUACGAAAGCAAAAGAAUUCAUGGAUUAUACAGGCAAAGGGGGCAGACUUAUUGAAUAUAUUGACUUAGUUGGAGAGGAUACACUUAAAUUGUCUGAAGCAAAUAUGACGUUUAGAUCGUUGAUUACACUUAAUGGUCUUGUUGGGCUUAUUUCCGACCUUUAUUAUCUAUCAAUGUCUUCGCAUUUGAAGAGCACUGCAUCAAUCGUGGAAAUCUUCACUGCAGAUAACGAAGCACUGUCUGCACUUGGAAAAUUGCAUCGUACUUGUGUUUGGGAAGGCGUAAUUUUAAAGACAUCUCUGCCGAAAUCAUGGGACAUCAGCUCGACCAAACCAAAGAAACUUGCCGGUAUCGAACCUGCACAGGGCACUACAUCUAAUAACACUACCGCCGACACAAGCAAAGAUGUUAUGGAGACAAUAGGACCUUUAAUUGAUCCUAAUGAUCGUAGGGUAAAAAAUGCCAAGUAUUUCAAAUAUUUGGUUACAGAAAUACCAGGAUGCAUUUCACGACUACUUCAAGGCUUGUCAAGGAUGCUUUAUGCUCGCAAGACACACGAUGUCAACAUGAGGAAACAGGCUUUCAAAGUAUCUGAUACUGUGGCAGAAAUUCUUCGUGAUCAUUUGGCGUGGCCUCGUUAUGCUUUGGCAGGCGGAUCUGACCCCAAUGCCGAUGCUUUGAACAAAUACAAUUAUCUUACAGUGAUGUUGGGACUAUUAUCAUUGGUUUACUUGGAUGAGCGGAGACAAAUAAACUUACAAACAAUGCUAGCAGUAUCUUUCGAUCGUAUUGGAGGACUUGAAUGUGUGUUGGGCUUGCUCCGUCAGUUCUGGGAUGAAUCUCAAGCCAUCGAAGAAUACUCAAACGUAGAUGAUGAUGAAAAUGCCAAGGAGAGAGAAACAAAGCUUCAAAAAUGCUUGCAAAUGGCACUCAGUUUUCUCCAAUUUCUAUCGUUAUCAAAAGUACUACAUGAAUCACAGUACACGACUUCAAUAACUUCUAAAGAGCGCGACCGGGGCAGUUCCGAAUUCUUUGACCCUCACGAGUUUCUGGUUAAUAUCCGCGCUAAAAUAUUGCCAAUAAUCAAAGAUUUUUGGUUGAGUCCUUAUUUAGAGAAGGCAGCAGUAAGUGUGAUUCGGACGAUCAUUCAGAUUCUUGUUCAAAUCCUGAAAGCCGAAGGUGAAGUUAAUCAGCGACCCGAAGGACCAAGUAGUUUUGAUUCUUCUUUCCUGUUUGGUACGCUUGUCCCUAAUGAAGAAAAAGUACAGCAGCUAAUUGAAAUGGGAUUCCCCAGAGGAGCAGCAGAAACUGCUCUGAUCAGAUGCGACAAUCAGGUAGAAGCCGCAACAGAGUAUUUACUGACACAUCCUGAAGCAACGGCAGAAGCAAUCCAAGCAGCAGAGGCUGCUCAAGCAGCGACAGAAAGUAGAGACACGACGACAGAUAUUUCAGCCGACGGUACUAAUCAAGGAACAGAAGCAAAUGCAGAUACAAACGUUAAUCAGUCUAUCGAUGCUGCUGAUGGACAUCAAGAUAUGGUUACGGAUACAACCAUUGAAUCUACCAACAUAUUUAGCGGGUUACAAGACCCUAACGCAGUUAAUCUCAACAUUGGUGUUAAUUUGGGUGAUAUAUUGUCUCCUGAUGAAGGAAGUUCUGACGCUGUUGUUCCGAUGGAUAUGGACACAAAUGCCAAGAAAACAGAAAAGGGCAAAGAAAGAGAGGUGGCCCCGGUUGAGUUAUAUAAGGACAUUCGAACAGAACUUAAAAAUACAUGCGCUGCUACAGCUCUCGCACUUCUUGAUAAUGUUGAAGAUGUAACAUUCGACGUGAAGGACUUGUUCGUGCUGCUUAGCAAGAACGAGUUUGAGAAGACCUUUGAAUUUAUCAAAGUCAUUGAUCUUAUUCUAUCCAAAGAAUCCAUCACUGGAGAGCAGCGCCAGAAAGCGUUGAGUUCACGCUUGCGUUUGGUGGCUUUAUUAGUUAACGAUUCAAGUAUUCAAAGCAAAGUGCCUUCGUUAUCGAUGCCCUUAUUCAAGAACGUCUUACAGUUGAUUCUUAACCAAGCUUCACUACCUGACAAAGACUUAUUGGCCCCUUGGCUUGCAUCGGCUCUCUUGAUUGUAGAAGCAUUUAUAUCGCUAGCUGAUGAACCUCCUUAUGUCGCACUUGAGACUACGUUGGAUGAAUCAAAGGAACACGACGAUUUGGCCAUUAGCAAUAUUCCCAUUAGUGAUGAUGAUCGCUCUGCUUUACUGGACUUUUCUUUGAACAUUCUCGAGAGAGAUCCUUCGAAUAAAGAUGUCACUGUGGCGUUGUUCAGAAUUCUCGUGCGAUUGACACGCUUUCACAAAUACGCUGUCGAAUUUGUGCAGAAGAAUGGAUUAUUAACACUACUUAACGUCUUCAAAACUCGUGCCCACGAGUUUCAUCGCCAUCAUGUUUAUUCUAUAAUGAUUGUGCGACAUAUCAUUGAGGAUAGUAAAGUCAUUUCGGAAAUCAUGGAGCGAGAAAUUAAGAAUUGGUUUUCACAUCCAAGAUCAAGAGUGUUCGACAUCAACAACUACUUGUGUAGUAACAGCCAAUUGGCUCUGCGAGAUCCUGAUUUAUUCAUACAAUCUACAACAAAACUUUGCAAAUUAACGAGGUAUGAGACUACUGGGCGGAAUAUGCAAAUAUCCUUGGUGAAAACAGAAAAUUCGGCAGAUCCUUCAGAAAUUGAUCGCAGAGACUUAACUAUUCAUGAAGAGGAGAUGAUGGAUGUAACAGCUUCUACGUCUGCUCCCACCUCGGAAUCACCAAAAAAACUACUCCAUAGCUCGGAAAUGUCUGAAAAUCUUGUUGCAUUCAUCGCCGGUGAAUUAAUGGGCAUUCGUGACCAUCAGACUGUUGCAACAGAAAUUAAACCAUCUGAAUCAUCCAAGCAAGAGGAUGACAUCGGGAACCCGACUAUCAUUAUAAACGGUCAAUCUGUUCAGCCGGAAGUCAAGCCAUUAUUUAAACCAGAGGAACAUCUCGAUUACUUAUGUCGAUGUUUCUUGUUGCAGUGUCUUACUGAAUUGGUGUCAUCGUAUCCAUCCUGUAAGAUGGAUGUGGUUAAUCUUUCUCGGCGCCGUAAUAGUACAGGAGUCCAUGCUUCAAUGAGACGAACUUCGCUUAUCACUCAUCUAUUGAACGAUCUACUUCCCUACGGUUGUAUUGCUCAAACUAAUGAUAUCGAAAUGCGUAAGAAAUUAGGACAAUCUAAAAUGGCAACGUCUGUGUUGGUUGCAUUAUGCUCUAAUAAUGCAGAGAAAGACCACAAGAAAUUACACCCUGAAACAGCGCACGCCAGGAAGUUUGUAAUCGAUAACAUUAUCAAAUCAUUCACCAAUGCCAUUUCAUCUAAUGAUCCUAUUGAAGCCAAGUACGGUAGGCUUCUCGCCCUUGCAGAGCUUUGCUAUGCUAUCUUGACUUCACGUUCGACACCAUCUUCCACUUCCACAAGACCAAUUGAAGAAGGUCCUACCAGCAUUGCAAAAAUUAUGCUCGAUAAAAAUCUAGUGAAUACACUGACCGUCGCACUUGCCGAAGUCGAUCUCAAUUACCCAUCGUCUAGGAUACUAAUCAACGCUUUAUUGCGACCUUUCGAGUACCUCACGAAAAUAGCGAUAAGAAUGACUCGUGCGCCCGAAACAGAAACCAAAGAUGGUGAUGAUCAACCGCGCCGUGACAGCAUUUCAUCUAUCACUGAAUCAAGUUCUGAAGAACUAUCACAUGAAGCCGAGGAUGCUCCUGACUUGUAUGCCCAUUCUGCUUUAGGUGUAAUUGAAGGUAGAGUGGAAAGCGAAGAAGAUACAGAAAGCAUUAUGGGCACUUCGGCAACAGAAGAAGCUUUCGACGACGAAGACUACGAAGAAGAGAGUGAUAGUGACCUUAGUGAUGAUGACCUAGAAGAAGAUGAGGACAGAGGUGACGAUAUGGAUAUUGAAGGCGCUCUUCAUAAUUCUUUAGAAGGUGAUAGUGACGAAUCCGACGACAACCAUGAAACCGACGAAGAUUAUGAGGAAGAUGAUUUAGAUGAUCAUAAUGAUGAUUCUGAUGACGAUGAGGAUCAUGAUGAUAAUGAAGAAGAUGAUACUGAGGACCAUGAAAUGGCUUGGGAAGAACCAGUUAUGAUUACCCGCGAAGCUAUCAUUGACAACGACGAUGAUGAGCAUCCUCGACAUGUUCGACAUGACAGAUUUGGUGCAGAUGAAGACGAUGUCACAGAUGAUGGAAUUGAGGAUCGUCAUUUGUUUAAUUGGGGAUGGAACAGUCACAAUCCUUUGUUCAUGGCUGAUGAUGAUCUCGGAGUUCCUGUGCGUACAAGCCGCACACUGUUUAGUUUUGGCAGAAGGGGGCGCUUAGGUACUGGGCGUCGAGCUAUCCUGGAAGUUCCGCCGGAUAAUUUCGAUAUAAUCUGGGGUGAUAGCGGUGAUCAAGGCCGAUUUGAUUAUAUUGGAACAGAUGAUCUCCCUGGGCUUGGCCGAAGUCGACCAAUAAUAAAUACAGGAGCUGACGAUAUUGCAAAUCAUCCACUACUAGUUAAUCGUAAUCCUAAUACUUCAAUGCCUACUACUGAUGGCGUGCGUGGAAGAAGCUCUCGGAGCGGACAUCUCAGUGACUUAGCUCAACCAAUCGAGGAAAUAAUUAGCGGCGGAGCUGUUCAUAUAUUGCAGCAACUUUUUAAUCGUCGUCACGGUCUUGUACCCCCAACUUACAGAAUCGAAUUAAGCUCUGGGUCCGGUGGUCUGAUUAGUGGCAUUGAAGUCGAUCGCGUUAUCAACCAUCCAAGCUCACCUCAAGAUGCAACUACUUCCACAAGUUUCAGCGAUCCCGUAAAAGCAAUACAAGAGCUUACCCUUUUAUCAACAAGCCGAAGAUGGUUCGAAGAAGCACGAAUGAUGUAUGGAAACGCUGUAAAGGACAAAGCAGAAGCAAGACUUCGAGCUGAGGAAGAGCGAGCACAAGAUACUGUUAUGCAACAAGAGGGGAAUGAACCUGCAGCGCAAGUUCUUACAGAACAUGUUUCCGGUGAAGUAACGGGUGAUGCGAUGAUAGAAGAUUUAUUAGCCAGAGAAUUUUCUGUCGAUACUACCGAAGCCAUGGAAGCAGAACUAACAACAGCAACAGAAACCGUUGCCACUGAUGAAUCUGUCAGCGCUCAAUCGGCAACCGCUGAUUCUGGCGAACCCUCUGCUGAACUCCAACAACAACGUACUACUGUAAUGGUUAAUGGACAUCCUGUAGACAUCACUGAUACCGAUAUUGAUCCAGCGUUUCUUGAAGCCUUGCCCGACGAGCUCCGGCAAGAAGUCCUUAGUCAACACUUACCACGAGUUCAUGCUCGUCCCACAGCAACAGAAGGCAGCCAAGCAAUAGAUCCACAAUUUCUACAGGCACUCCCUGAUGAUGUUCGUGAAGAUGUGCUUCGAGAGCAGGAAGAAGCUGAACGUGAAAGGAGAGAACGUGAAAGACCUAGUGGAGGAGCUACAGCUGCAGAUAUGGAUCCUGCGACUUUCCUUGCUACUUUAGAACCUACAUUGAGACAGACGGUGCUUAUGGAGCAGGAUGAUAUGGUUUUGGCUUCAUUACCUCCGGCCAUUAUUGCAGAGGCGAACGCGCUUAGGGCUAACAGACGGUAUAACAAUGUCUUUCGUACGAGAACAACUCUGCCAGGUAUUAGUCCCAUCACAAGCUCAACUAGAAAACCUACUGUACAUCGUGAUGCUAUGAAACUAGUGGACAAUAGCGGUUUGUCUACAUUGGUUAGACUUUUAUUCUUACCACAACCGCUCGGCAAGAACUUGCUACACAAAUUACUCGCAAACUUGUGUGAAAACAGUAAAACUCGUGGUGAAUUAAUUUCAAUGUUACUGCAGAAACUUCAAGAAGGAAGUGGUGAUGUCGCGGCCGUAGAUAAGAGCUUUGCGCAGAUGUCUUUGAAGAACAAAGGAAUUCAAAAAAGUACGCCGAAGAAAGCAAGCGCAGGAAGCACUCCAUCUGCUCCACUUACUGUUUGUACAGCUGGCGAGAAUGUUCCGAAUCUUGUAGCCCAGAGAUGUUUGGAAUCACUUACAUAUAUUGUCAAUAAUAAUGAUGCGGCCGUAAACUAUUUCUUAGCUGAACACGAGACUAUUAUUGGUCUUAAGCGCUCUAACAGCAGGAAGGGUAAGGAGAAACAAAGCAAAACAGUCACCAGCAAGUAUCCCGUAGUUGCCUUGCUCAGUUUACUUGAUAAGCAAGUAUUUAUUAAGAACACACCCUUAAUGGAUUCACUAAUGCAGUUAUUAUCCUACGUAUUACGUCCAUUAUCUACAUUAGCCAAGUCAGAAAGUUCUAAUGCUGAAAAAGUUAGCAGUAAUAUUAAUAGUAAUGAAUCAAACUUGCAGUCUAGUAAUUCUGGUGCCGAAACGUCAAUUGAUUCGUCGGAUAACGUCGCAACGACCGUGAUGGAGGGAAGCAACGUCGCUCAACCACAGCAGCCUCAAACUACCAGCAACGAUCCUGUUCAAGCAAGUGACUCUACCAAUCAGCCACCUGUUUCCGCUGACAAUAAUACUACUUCUACUGAAGCCGUUGCAACAUCGGCAUCCCCAUCGAAACAGAGCGAGCAGAGCCAGCAGCCGACCCUAAAACCACCCGUCAUACCAGACUACUGUCUCCGUCUGGUUGUGAAUGUUCUAACGGCGGGUGAAUGCACGAGCAACACAUUCAAGUAUACGCAAGCUGUCAUUCAACACCUCUCUACCCUACAGGGUGCACGUGAUGUUAUUACUUCCGAACUUGUUAUUAGAGCUCAAGCUCUCGGAAACGAAAUUCUUGACGACUUGGAUGAAUUAGGAGAGGUUCUCGAACAAGCGAAAUCGGGCGUUGACGUUCAGGGAGUUACAUUAUCCAAGUUUUCACCAUCAUCUUCUAAACAAGCCAAACUUCUCCGUGUACUCAAGACAGUCGAUUAUAUGUAUUCGCGUAAACAACAACAAUCAGCUACUCAACAAGUAGAAAUAUCUCUUGCACCAACAGUCGAUCCCGAACGCCCAGAUACACAAGUCGAGCAAACUAGUACAAAUGGUGCGGGAACAACCAAGUUGACUGAGGAUGAAGAGAAGGUCAUGAAUAUAUACGAGAGUCUUGCAUUUACUUCCCUAUGGAAGAAACUUGGGCGAUGUCUGAGCAUUAUACAUGAGAAGUCAGAUAUGAUUCAUGUAGCCACUGUUCUGUUACCGCUUAUAGAAUCGUUGAUGGUCGUCUGUAAAUACGUUGGUACACCUGCUGCAGCUCAUCGUACUUUACCUACAGGUUCACAACCAGCAACAGAGAGCAUGGAGGAGUUAUUCUUUAGCUUUACAGAGAACCAUCGAAAGAUACUUAACACUAUGGUUAGAAAUAACCCUUCGUUGAUGAGUGGAUCAUUUUCAUUGCUUGUACAUAACCCGAAGAUACUUGAGUUCGAUAAUAAGAGGAACUAUUUCAACCAGCAGCUACAUAAAAGAAAUGGCACUCGAGAUCAUUAUGGUACAUUACAGCUCAAUGUCCGUCGUCAAUACGUAUUCGACGACUCUUUCCAAUUUCUACAAAGAAGAACAGGAGAUGAAAUCAAGUAUAAUAAACUUAGCGUUAGAUUCUAUGACGAAGAGGGUGUUGAUGCCGGUGGCGUGACUCGAGAAUGGUUCCAGGUGCUGGCUCGACAAAUGUUUAACGAGGAUUACGCUUUAUUCAAGACUUCAGCUGCGGACAGACUAACUUAUCAGCCAAAUAGAUUGUCGGGGGCUAAUCCAGAACACUUGCUUUUCUUCAAAUUUGUUGGUCGUGUUAUUGGAAAGGCUAUAUAUGACGGGAGACUAUUGGAUGCCUAUUUCACUCGUUCGUUCUACAAGCACAUGCUUGGGAAGGCUGUUGACUACAGAGACGUUGAGGCUAUUGAUUUAGAAUAUUAUAACAGUCUGGUGUGGAUGUUAAAUAAUGAUAUUACCGGUGUUGUUGAUCUAACAUUCAGUGUGGAGAUAGACGAUUUCGGACAGAAAAAAGUAAUUGACUUGAUAGCAAAUGGCCGAAAUAUUCCUGUAACUGAACAGAACAAGCGAGAAUAUGUCAUGUUAGUUACGGAGCAGAAACUCACAAAAGCUAUUAAGGAUCAAAUCGAAGCGUUCCUUGCAGGAUUCCACGAGAUUAUUCCCCCCCAUCUAAUUAGAAUUUUUAAUGAACAAGAAUUGGAGUUGCUUAUAUCUGGUAUGCCCGAUAUAGACAUUGACGACUGGAAGAAUAAUACAGAAUACCAAAAUUAUACGCCAUCAUCACCACAGAUUCAAUGGUUCUGGCGAGCAGUACGUAGUUUUGAUCAAGAAGAACGAGCCAAGCUGUUGCAGUUUGUCACUGGAACAUCAAAAGUUCCACUCGGUGGAUUUUCAGUGCUUCAAGGAGUUCAUGGCGUGCAGAAGUUCCAGAUUCAUAAAGAUUUCGCCAGCGCAGAUAGACUGCCUUCGGCUCACACUUGCUUCAAUCAAUUGGAUAUUCCUGAAUACGAGAGUUAUGAACAGUUGAGAUCACAGUUGUUGUUUGCAAUCUCGGAGGGAACGACCGGAUUCGGCUUCCAAUAA